AGGAAGCUAGUAGUUUCUUAAUAACAUUGAAAUAUGUAUUAUACAUCGUUUUAAACGUGAAAUGACAGUAAAUUUUGAAUCUGAAAUACAUAUAUACAUAUGGGCGCCAUUGUAUUUUAAAAAAUCGUCAUUCAUCGAUAGCUGAUUUAAGUCAACCGUGCCUAUCGAUAUCAAAUUAUUUCCUAGCACCAAAAAAUACCAAAAACGAAUGAAUUGAGCGCAUUUUAUCACGCAGCCAGUCAAUGUUUUAAAUUAAUGAACGAAAUAAGUUUAAAUGGAAAACACACCAAUUAUAAACAAAAGACGGUCGCUUACGCUCAGCAACAGAUUACUGCACAAGCGACACAGUGCCUCUCCACAGAGUCGCGUUUGCGCCAGCGCAACUCAUGAAGCUGCUAACGAUAGAGGUUCUCCUUGUUCGCCAAGUGUGAGGAUUUCCCAUAAUGUGGAGAGCACGCCGCCUAACAAAAAGAUUCAUACACUAGACGACAGCUUGGAUUUCUCGCAGCAGAACAGCCUUUCGCCCAGUUGCUUGUUUUCGCAGACUUUAGUCACCGGCAGCCCGGAAGUCAGCUGGCGCUGGCAGUGCGAUAACAAUGGUCGUCGUGAUAACGUAAACAUUACUUCAGACAGCGGCUUUGAUUCGGAAGAGUUUGGACCAAAUGCGUGCAAGCGGAGGGAUAGACGUAAACAGGUGCGUGCAGAUGCCGUCAAUGAGCACAAGCGCAAACAGUUGGAUAACAGACAAUGGCGGGCGCAGCAAAUACGUGACCACGAGCUGCUCAGGGAGCGUUGCGACAAACUGCACAGACAGUUGGAUCAACAAAUAGCAGCGCCAGAAGCAACAGAAACUGCUGCAACAAAUAUCUCCAAAAAAACUGCAACCCAAGCUGUUGCGGACCCUGCAUUGAUAGAUUUUCUUAAUGACUCUGACACAGAUUGCUUUUUGCUAGAAGCCUCACAGCAAUUGGAGUCAAAGUUGGUGAAGCCGAACAUAGCGCCGGCUGCUACCACGCCCACGAGUCAUUCCAAGGUAAAUAAUGAGAAACAGAGUUCCUUCUAUAUGAAGUUUCUGGAGGAUGAGAGCGAAACUGAGGAUUGGUUUAUCGCUCUCGACGAGGCCAUGCUUGAGGCAACGCAGCCCAAAAAGUCGCGUACCUCUUUGCAACGGUAUAAGUCAAUGCCUAGUAAGGCAGCCGAUUGUGUCGUUACCACAAAUACAAUCUCUACUGCUUCCUCUAGCGAUACGCCACGUAUUAAACGUCAUGUCAGCAGCCAUGCUCUCUCCCCGGCUACAUCGAAUGCAAGGAGCAAUCUCUUUGGCAGACGGCAGUAAAGCCUUAGACAAUGUGCUUACGCCCACAAUAAAAUGGUCCAACGGCUUCCCAUCUAUCAGUACCGAAUGUGAUGCGCAAAAAGUUUCGCCCGCCUUUUUCAUUCUUUUUUUUUUUGUCAUUGUACAUGUAUACGUUAACUUAAUCCAUAUAGCCUUAAGAUACUUAUGUAAUUAGAACUGAAGCUCAAU